UAAUGGGAGCAGCAUUGCGAUCAUUUUUUGUACCAGUUCCUCAUCAAACUGUUUGUGUGUUGUAGAGAUUUGGAAAAUACACAAGAAUAUUAACCCCUGGUUUGAAUUGGAAAAUUCCAUUCGUUGAUGAAAUUGCUUAUGAACAUUCACUUAAAGUAAAUUAAUUCUCAUUUUAGGAAUAAGCCUUCAUGAUUUAUGCUUAGAAUGCAGUCACAAAAGAUAAUGUUAUUAUAUCAAUAGAUGGUGUAUUGUAUAUAUAAGUUGAUGACCCUUUUAACUGUUCAUAUGGAGCCUAAAAGCCUAUUGAUUAUGCUCAAGUAGCUUAUUCUUUUGAAUUACCCCUUAGAUCCUUGCUUAAUCAGUUAUGAGAGCUGAGAUAGGCAAACUCACACUUGAUCAGACUUUUGAAGAGAGAGAGAAAAUGAAUGGUCUUAUUUUGGCAGGACUUUCAGAAGCUGUCUAAGAAUGGGGUUUAAAGUGUUUGCGUUAUGAAAUUAAAGAUAUAAAAGUUACAGAGAAUGUUCGUAAAGCAAUGAACAUGGAGGCUGAAGCUGAGAGAACUAAAAGGACAUAAAUUUUGCAUUCAGAAGCAAAGUAACAAUCUUAAAUAAAUUUGGCUGAAGGAGAAAGAUUAUCAAAGAUUUUAAAAGCUGAAGGAUUGGCUCAAUCUAUUGUUAUUAGAUCAACUGCUACAGUUUAGAGAAUUGAAGCUAUUUCUAGUGCUAUGAAUAGUGAAGAAGGUGAUUUGGCUGCUAGAUUUAAUUUGGCAGAAGAGUAUUUAGAGGCUUUCAAGAAACUUGAAGGUAAAUAGGUUCUAGUAAACAGUGAUGUUAAUAAUCCUAAAGAAGUUAUUAGAAAAGCUUUAGAUAUGGUUGAUGCUCGUUUAAAAUGA